AUCUGGCCCAUCCUUCUAGGCGGAGAAUCACGCGCACGCAUCCCAGAGUGUAGACUUUUGCGCUCGAGCUUCACUUUUCCCGGAGCGCGCGAACUAAUCGCUGAGAGAUCUCGGGAUUUGAUCGAGGAACUGGAUCCCGGAUCUGAAGCUCGGUUAUAUUUUGAUGCAUUAAAUAGUAAAAGAGCACACGGGAUUCCCAGCAGCACGGAUUGGGAAAACUUUUCCUCGCUCGCACCUGAAGCACCGGAUCUUAGUUUGGAUUCAGGAUCUGGGAUAUGCGAGCGCUGGUCUGGACUUGAGACAACAGGCGGUGCAACUGAUCAUUAGGAGACUGAGCUCUGUGCGUGGAGAACCAUGGUGGAAAGCGCGUGGGGAUAGACCGAGAAACAGCAAGAGGACACCAGGUUUCUCGUGCGUGAGAUCUCCGGGACGUGGGAAGUGUUGUUUGAUCAUAUCGAAGACCAUGGCGUCCAGUUUGACGUGCGCGGGUGUGGUGUGGUCGCUCAUGUCUCUGUUGAGCGCCGCGGCGUGCUGCGUGGGCUUCUUCAUGCCCUACUGGCUGCUGGGGUCUCAGAUGGACAAGCCGGUGUCGUUCGGCACGUUCCGCCGCUGCUCGUACCCGGUACGCGACGAGGCCAGUCAGGCCACGGUGAUGCUGGAGCAGUGCGGCCGCUACGCGUCGUUCCAGGGCAUCCCGAGCGUGGAGUGGCGCAUCUGCACGGUGAUCACGGGCACCGGCUGCGGUCUGCUGCUGCUCGUGGCGCUCACGGGGCUCAUGGGCUGCUGCGUGUCCGAACUCAUCUCCCGCACCGUGGGCCGCGUGGCUGGAGGCGUGCAGUUCGUCGGCGGUCUUCUCAUUGGAUCGGGAUGUGCCCUGUACCCUCUCGGCUGGGACAGUGAGGAGGUCAGACAGACAUGUGACAAUCGCUCAGACCAGUUUAAACUGGGCUCGUGUGAGAUCGGCUGGGCGUAUUACUGCACCGGAGCAGGCGCAGCUACAGCCAUGCUGAUCUGCACCUGGCUGGCCUGCUUCGCUGGCAAGAAACAGAAACACUACCCAUACUAGGAGAGAUUCAGACAGCUUUACCUUCAGUUUUAAGCACAGAGCCAACAGCACAGCGCAGCCAAGGACGAAUGCCUCAGCGUGGACUACACAGUGUAGAGACUCUUUCACCUAAGGCAUGAGCACUUUCUGCAUUCCUUCUUUUCCAGCUGCUGGGACCCUCUCCCAGGCUCAGUGCUCACAUGGAAGUAGCUAUUCAUACAAAAUAGACUGAUCACACACAGCAACUGAUGCUCUCUCAUAUCAAAAUCAGAAGGACCAAUUACUCUUGAUGUCUUCUGUUAAUCCUGAGAGUGCUCCUCUUACUCUUCUUCUUCUUCUUUCUCAUCUUCUUUGUUCAGUGUACUAGUGCUAGUAAAGUCUGUUACAAAUAUAAAGUUAAACCCACAUCAUAAUUAUGAAUUGUUUAUGAAUUGAAAUGUUUAUAUUUACAUUUCCAUCUUCACAUUACACUACAAAAUGCAAUAAUUGUCAUAUUCACCGUACAGUGUUAAAUAAGCAUUAUCAGAUACGGUUAAUGUCUAUCAUUUUAUGAUCAUGUAUACUAUAGAAACAGUAUAUGCUAUAUACAGUACAUACAUUGUGAUAUGCAGUAUAAGCUUCAUGUUGGCACAGAUUUUGUGACAUGUAUUGUAUUAGUCAUUAUAUAUGUUGUAAAUAAAACCUUUUCUUCCACAAA